UAGCUCCAAGGUACACGUAAUGAAUUUCGGUAUCUUUACGCCGCCAUGUUUUACGCAUCGAACGGAAGCUUGGUAACGCCAUUGUGUGCUUUGCGUUAUUCCUCGUCGGAUCGCGAAGAGUGUUUGAUGCGAGCGUGUUAACAUUGUGGCGUUAAGAGCGUCACGAUCGUUCGUCAGUGUUACUGAACACGGAAAGUGUGAUAUUAUUACGCACAGAAAACGACGAAUUACUGCAACGGAAGUUGAAUAGAUGUACAUACGACAUGUACAGCAAUAACAUUGACCCCUGGGAGCCUGGCUACGGGCCAGAGAGGAGAAAUCAUAAUUCUGACUAUGAUUACCGCAGUGACUAUGGAAGCAACAGAUCGCCAGAAUAUUCAGAGCACCGUGACGUCGAUCAUCGUGAUAGGGAUCACCGUAGUCCAGAUUACAGGAAUCACCGUGGGAGAGACAGAGAUCGCGAAAGAGAUCGUUCGAGGGACCGAAGAGAUCGUAGCAGGGACGAUCGCGAUCGUAACUACAGGGAUCGUGAGGAUCGUUAUGGCAGGCAACGGGACAGAGACUCUGUGGAGAGAGAUAGGGACAGGGACAGGGACCGGGACAGAGAUAGAGACCGUUCUAGACGCGAUAGGGAUCGGGAUAGGGACAGGGACCGUAGGGGGAAACGUGAGGACCGUGAUCGUGACCGGGACGAUGAUCACAGCCGGGAAAGUUUAGACUUUGAACAUGAUCAUGGUCGCGCCUAUAGCUCGUCCAUGGAGGGGAUCCACUACAAAUCGCAAUCGCCCAACAACACCAUAAUGAUACGUGGACUCGCUCAGCAUAUCACUGAAAAUGACGUGCGGCAAGACAUCCUUAAUUGUGGUCUCAUGCCUAAGGACAUCAGGCUGAUACGCAAAAAAGAUACAGGUGCUUCUCGAGGUUUUGCAUUCGUCGAGUUUAACGCGACUCAGGAGGCCGCACGAUGGAUGGAGAUGAAACAGGGAGUGCUGAUGCUGCAGGACCAAUAUCGUGCAUUGAUGCAAUACAGUAUACCAAAAGAGUGCCAUGUGGAUAAGCCGCCGGCAAAGAACACGCAAGAUUGGCAUUGUGUUAAAUGUGGAGCGCACAAUUUUAAACGGCGCGAGACCUGCUUCAAGUGUUCCGCCUCGCGGGCGGAGAGCGAGGAGGGCGGAGAGGGCAGCGACGAGAUCAGUCCACAUCCGACGAAUACCGUCCUUUUACGAGGAUUAGACGUGUUGACGACCGAGGAUUCGGUCCUCCAAGCGAUGAAGAAUCUGUCGUCGAUGCCGAUACGCAGCAUACGCAUCGGUCGUGAUUCCCUCACGAACACGUCCAGAGGAGUGUGCUAUCUGGAGAUGGGUAACGUGGUAGACGCCAUGUACCUGCACACCGCGCUCACGAAGCAGGGAUUGGUUGUCGACGGUAGGAAGGUCGAGAUAACGUACUGCAAGCUUCAUCAGAUCAACAAUACGAACGCAUGGAAGUCGAAUGACAAUCAGCCGCAGCGAUACACUCUGGACGACGUCGCGCAAUUGGCUGAAUACAGUGCCAACUUGUAUGCCAAAACGCCCGCACAGAAAGCUCAUUAUCUCCAGUAUUACACACAGUACUAUCAGAAUCAGAUAAUGCAGGGCUCGGCGAUCACGCUGCCAUCCCUAAACCAGACGGACCGAGUGAACGCUGCCGCCGCGGUAGCGCAGUCCGCAAUACAGCAAUUACAGGCGUCGAGGAAGUUGGGAGGCGAGGCCGACGACGUGAAAGGACGACCGACGCCUACGGCACCGUCCAGCACCACGCUGGCGAGCGGACGGGUCCCCGCACAUUCCAGCGAUGGCAAAGUAUACUCUGUUCCGGAUGUCAGCACUUAUCACUACGACGAAUCGUCCGGCUACUACUACGACCCAAGCACGGGAUUGUAUUACGAUCCAAAUUCGCAAUACUACUAUAACAGUCACACCCAACAGUUCCUUUAUUGGGAUGCCGAGUCGUUCUCUUACCAGCCAGCUAAGACGUCUACUAGUACGACGCAAGGUGCUACGAGCACGGUAACGGCAGUAGCGAGCAAUACAGAUUCAACGAGUGUAGUCAGCAGUCAAGCUUCAUCGGCGACUCAGGAGGUGUCCAGGGAAGAUGAGAACAAAAAGAAAGACACCAAGCAGGACAAGGUAAAGGUGGCAAAGAAAAUAGCGAAAGAUAUGGAACGUUGGGCGAAAACGUUGAACCAGAAGAAGGAAAACGCGAAGAGCAAUUGGAAUUCCGAGUUCGCCGGCGUGGAUGGUAAUCAGGGUGCCGGGAGCGGCGCGGCGGACGCGGGAUAUGCCAUCCUGGAGAAGAAGACCAUCGCCAAUCCCUAUCACGAAGACGAGGAUCAGAGCGGCAACGGUCUGGUGGCCGCCUAUGGCGGUGGCAGCGACACCGAGGAAGAGAUCGAGGAUGUUCAACAGGAGGAGAAACAGCACACGGAUUGGAGCAAAUUGGCGUGUCUGCUUUGCAAGCGGCAGUUUCCGAGCAAGGAAGCGUUACUGCGACAUCAGCAGCUGUCUGAUCUACACAAGCAAAAUCUCGAAAACUGGUACCAAGUGCGCGGUCUGGAUCCGAACGAUCCGCAGCAGAGGAACAACAAGUACAGGGACCGCGCUAAGGAGAGAAGAGCCAAGUACGGCGAGCCGGAGCCACCGCAGCCCAACAAAUUGAAGGAGAAAUACCUGAAGACCCGAGUAGAGGAGAUGUCCGUGUCUUACGAGGAACCCACGCGAGCCGGUAUCGGCUCCGACAACGUCGGCAAUAAAUUGUUGCAGAAGAUGGGCUGGAGUGAGGGGAUGGGUUUAGGAAAGACUAAUCAAGGUAGAACGAGCAUCAUCGAAGCCGAAAGGCGCGUUCCCACAGCUGGCCUGGGAGCGAAGGCCUCGUCGUACAGCGCAUUACCAGGUGAUACCUACAAAGAUUGUGUGAAAAAGAUGAUGUACGCGCGGUAUCAGGAACUGUCUGACACAUAAUACGUUAUAUUAUAGGAUAUUCUUAUAGAUUUUAUAUAUAUAUAUAUACAUAUAAAUAUAUACAUAAUUAUAUAUACUUAAGUACACACAAUUGUACUCUCCAUUUUCCAUAGACACAUAAUUACACUCAUAUUGUCAUCAUUCGGAUACUAUAGCUAUUUACUAGUAAUUGCACAACCAAUUGAUAGCUAAUUCUUGGGACUGUGUGCGUAUCCCAUGUAACGUUUCAUACAUCCUCCUGCAAGAUUUUAUUCUAAUACGCUUCAAGAUAAUGGAGAUGCAUGAAUAAUUCUAUGUAUGAUAAUUUUCUUUUCCUCUUUUUUAUGUAAAGAGUUUUGAAAUGUGCAGAAAUGCAAUACGCUUCGAAAUGUGAAUGUGCAUAUUCGAUUCUUUAAUUUUAUAAUUUUUAUAUUUUGGAAAUACUAAAAUUAUUGAAAAAAUAAAUUAUUAUUUUGUUGAAAUAUAGAUAUAGAGAAUUUUGCACCUUUGCAAUUCAACAAUUUGCGAAUAUUUAUUCAAAACUAAAUUUAUAAUAAAAUUAAAGGAUAAUAAAAUUAAAAAAAAAAAUAAAACUGAAAUAUCGGUAGUAAAAGUUAGAGGCGUACAAAUCUGAUUAUAUUGACAUUAAGUCUUGUUUGAAUUGUAUGCAACACAGCUUGGUACAUUAAAUAUUUUAGAACAUAAUGAAAAUAUUUGGUGACGAGCGAACUAUGUAAAGUUACGCAAAAAAAUAUGAACAUUGGUACACGUUAGGAGUAUUCGUAGUUUUUAAUAUGUUCUGCAAAUACGAAAUAACACGCCUCACUUCACACGAGUACCAUUAAGAACGUCUCAGUCUCAUGAUGCUUGUAUCAAAAAAAUAUGUGAUCUUGUUGUUACUUAUCAUGUCUGAAUUUCUAUAUUACCACAUCUUGUAUUUAUUAUAUAAUAUCACCCUGAAAUCUAGCAAUCAUAUUUUUCUAACCUAAUUAUAUCAAGCUGGAUGUAUUAUAUGUGUUAGACAUUUACAUACACGUGUAUUUCCAUUUUUCAUUUUUUAUUAUGCUAUUUGUCACAUUUUGAAAAUCGUACAUCACACUUGUCUAUACGUACAUAUUUCUAACACAAUUCUUACGUUGUAUUGUUAUUUUUCUAAAAGUCACUCUGCGAGAUCCAUGUAUCGAAUAAAUAAAUCAAGAAAAAGUAAUAAAUAAACAUGCGGCA